CACACACUUCAUAAUGUGGUCUGGGAAUGAGCUCGCAAUAUGGAUCACAGCGUUGGCCAUCGCCACGAUGGCCGUCCCGGCGGAGACGAACACGACCGCCACCAUGGCAACCUCUGCGGACCCCGUCAUGACCCAACAGUCCACGACACUUCCUGUAUCCACGGCAACCAACAGCACCCCCGGUGACUCCACAUCCGCCGCCAUGACGUCGACCACGGCGUCGACCACGGCGUCGACCACGGCGUCGACCACGGCGUCGACCACGGCGUCGACCACGGCGUCGACCACGGCGUCGACCACGGCGUCGACCACGGCGUCGACCACGGCGUCGACCACGGCGUCGACCACCAAGACUGCGCCGCCGGCGGCGGGCGUUCCCGAUUGGGGAAUCGCUCUGCUGGUUCUGGCUGCUCUGGUUCUGCUGCUGCUGAUCCUGCUGCUCGUUGGACUGCUGUCGUGGUGCUGCUGCUCUAAGGGGCGACAUGAGCGCCCUGACGACAUCCCCCUCUACACCACACACUCUCGCUUCUGGCACUCCAACGGCGGCGCUUACGAGGACGUGGACAAGCCCGCCAAGAUGACCGCCAUGUGAGGGUCUGCGAGGGCGCAGGACAAAACUUUUUUUUUUGGUCUUUUUUUUAUUCUUGCGGGUUUCCAGUAAUUGCAGAUCGAUCAAAAAUGACGAUUAAUGUGUCGACGGAGGAAGGUGGAGCACCUCGGCCAGGAAUGCCGGAGGUCCAAGUCCAAGUGGUUCCUGUGGGGCUCGGCUCGGUGAGUCAGACCACGUCUUUCAUCUCCAUGGCAACCUGCUCGUCAAUCACCUCAGCAUAAGGACAUGAGAGGAUAAAUAAAAACAA